ACUACUGUAGAACCACCCUUGCUGACUCAGUCGAGGGAGGCUGGCAGCGACUUCAGGCGUAUUUGCAGUUUCGACUACGCCAAAGUCAUGUGCUACACCAAAUUCGCAGUCUGCUCGUCUCUGCUCGAGUCCGCCGGCUCCGGCCUUGACGGAAACGCCACAUUAACGCAAGCCUCGAACUUGCCCACCUGUAAGUUUCGAUCCGUCAAUCGGCUGCCCUUGACACCGCAGACAAGGCGAUUUAUUCCUCCGGAGGCUUGGAGGCAGGCGUGGAUGCGCCGAGAGAGCAGACUUACGGACGAGGCUCGCUUUAAUGCCUGCAUCCGGAAUCACUACCGUUCAGGCGAGCGAGGAGCCUGA